GACAAUGGUGAAGAUCGAUUUUUUAAAUUAUAAAAGUAAAAUCGAUGUUUCUUACAGUUCUAAGGGAAAAACCUCGUGCAAACGUUUAUCGAUUUAUUGGAAUACAUUUAAAAUUUGUUGUGAAUUCAGUGAUAUUAACGAAGCUGCAAAAAAACAUUUUAACAGUCCGAUGAAAGCACAGCUGUUGUAGCCCGCUGGUAGUCGAUUACUUGUUAGUACAUACUCAAUUCACGUUUUAUUAAUUUGUUCGUUAAUUAGUUGAACAACCUGUAUUCCUAUUGUGUUCCAAACCUCUUUUCUGAUUAAAUCAACGGUGCAGUCCGCAGUUCAGUCAUUUGACCGUUUCCUCAUUGAAUUGAAAUUUAUUGUAUUCUAAAAAUGUUGAAAAAUCCAUUUGUUAAUUGCAAAUCACGUAAACGAAGAAAACCAAGAGUUGUGAUUAAUCAACAACAGCCUAAAGGUUAUUGCCCUAGAACAAUGGUGAGAUACGAUGGCUCGCCUAAUGAGUAUAAAACUGCUUGGGUUUGUAAGAUGUGUUUAAAAUUUUUGUUAAGCGAAGAUGCCUGUAAAGAUCAUUUGAAAGGAUGCAACCCAAAAUCAUUUAACAAGCCCUUACCAACUCCUAAAAGUGUUGAAGAUAUGCGUUACAUAUGUGAAUAUUGUAGUAAAGUAUUCUCACGUAAAGUGACAUUGAAAAAACACAUGGAAGAACAUGAAAAAUCCAGUGGCCCAGAAUCUGAUGACGAAGAUGGUGUUGUGUUUGAUGAAAAUCAGAUUGUGGUUGAUGAAAAUGAGACCCAAAAAGAUGAAAAUCAGAUUGCUGUUGAAGAAAAUGAGAAUACAAAAGAUGAAAACCAGAUUGAGCCAAUGACGAUCAAUGAAAAUGAGAUUGUGUCAAUUAUAGUUGAUGAAAAUAAAAUGAUGAUCAAAGAAAUUAAUAAUGAAAAUAAGAUUGUUGUUGAUGAAAAUAAGACUGUAGUUGAUGAAAAUAAGACUGUGGUUGAUGAAAAUAAGAUAGUGAUUGAUGAAAACAUGAUUAUGGUUGAUACUAUAUGUUCUAACGAUACAAAUGAGAUUUUGGUUUCUGAAGAAAUUAAAUCAACUGAGGACAUUUAUGUUGAUGAGGAGCAGAAAAAUGUGUUGGAAAAUCUUAUUAUUUAAGAUUACAACCAUAUUAUUUUUUAUUCUAAGAAUUCUAUUGUGUUGAUAUUAAAAAAAA